UCAAUAGCUGUAUUGGAUGAGAGUGGAAUAUGGCAGUCUCUUAAAAAUUGAAGUAAAUAGCUGUUAUUCAGUGUCAUGUUAAAAGGUGAAAAGUCUAACUGAGACCAGCAAACAGGAUGAAAGCAAAGUAAGUGAUGAAGUGCUUUACACGUCUGCAGUAGUUGUAUUUUAUCGCCUAUCUCGGGCAUAUGCUCUAUGAUACGUAAAAGCAGUUCAACUGGUAGACUUAAUAGCAUCCUAAGAAGAAGAGAAACAAUUUUGCAUAACAGUGAGUUCAUUCUUUGACUUUGAUCAUCAUAGUAGUAGUCACGGCUUUGCAUAAUUAUUUUCCAUAUCUCCUUUCUUACUUGUCAUGUCACUUGAAUUGGAUAAAAUCGAACUCUUUCAUCAACGUUUAACACCUGCACAUAUUAGCUUAUGUGCAUCCACAUCGCAUCUUACUAAAGGGAAAUGGAUCCAUGUCGCUGAAAGACAAAGCCGCGACAGAGGACAUCAUUGUGUUGCAGACACGACACUUCAACAAGGCGAUUUGCUCAUCACUGAAGAGCCCUUUAUACGCCAACUUGACCAUCAACUUGUAUCGAGUCAUUGUCAUUAUUGCUUUCGUGACAUGCGUUUACUGGAUGAAGAAUGGCACAUGUGUCGCGAUGAAGACUGUUUAUGGGUGAUCCAGUAUUGCUCUGAAAAAUGUGAGCAAUUGGGCUGGUCCUCAAUGCACCAAUGGUUAUGUCGUAUUCCAGAACUUCAAUGUGAAGACCCGGAUGCUUUAUUUGCCUUUCAAGGAUUUCUGGCUUGUCGUGCCAAGGGCCAAGCUACUUUACCUGGACUUGAGUCUAACUUGAAACGACACAAUCCAGCCCAACUUGAAGAAUACCAAGCAAAGUUUAGGUCGAUGGCUUCUUUAUUUUAUCUCUCUUUGUCGGAAGUACAGUGUCUUGUUGAGAUCCUCUGUCAAAUCCGCUGCAAUACAUUUGCUGUCAAAACAGCCAAAAGUAAUGCUAUAGAUUCGGACCGAGUCGUAUCAAGAGAAUGCGUGACACUAGGAAGAGCUAUUUAUUUAUCAGCAAGUAAACUGAAUCAUGAUUGUGAUCCUAAUGCCCUGGCUUCUUUUGGUAAUCGUUAUGAAAAUCCAUGUCAGCUCAAGGUUCGAUGUAUCAAAAGUCAAUUGAAGCCUGGACAAGAAGUGACAAUCAGUUAUGGUCCAUUAGCAAGUGUUCAUGAGCGAAAAGAGCGUCAAAAAAAAUUAAAGAAUCAGUACUUUUUUGAUUGUGAAUGUCAGGCAUGUCAAAGCGGUGAUUCAACACAAACCAUAUAUAAAUGUCAACUAUGCAAAACUGGAAAAAUGUAUCGUCAACAAUCCAAUUGCCCUGAAUGUGAUCAAAAGCACAACUGGUCUCAUGUAUUAAGGACAGAAUCAGAGAUUGAAAUGUUCAAGAAACAAAGUGACUAUUUAAAAGUGCUUCAAUUACAGUCCAAUAUCUAUCAUCACCAUACACUUCCUAUAGGAGACACAAUGGAUAAGCUAGCACAACUGUAUUGUAUGCAGGGUCAAAUGAAACCAGCGUCAGAUUACUCUAAAAAGUCACUUGAGAUCAUUCAGCAUAUUUAUGGCAAAAUCAGCAUAGAAGCGGCCGAGGAAAUGAUGAAACUCUCUACACUCCUGUUAAAUGCUUGUGUUACUGGCCAUAGAAAUCUUAGGCAACCGACAAUCACACAUAUAAAGCAAACAAUGAUUACAUAUAGACUAUUAGGACUGGACAAAUCGAUACCAGAAGAUAUGGAAGAACUUGAAGAGAUGAUAAACCAUUUGUUCAUUAUGGCCCCAUAAAGGCACAUUAAACCCUACAACUGUCAUUCAUACCCCAAAAAAAAAGCUAUAGUCUUCCUCCCCCCAUUCAAAAAAGGAGGUCGUCUGAGACCAAGAGUACCUUUAACCUCUUCAAAUUCUGGAGUACUUGCUUACAGUCACUCAUAUUCCCUCGUUUAUAUCUUUAUUGUCCAGACUGCGAGCCUAAAUAAAUGACAGAAUGAGUUCUUUAGUAUAGUACAAGCGUAAU